GGCGUGACCUCACCCGGCGCCGGACUGGCCGGUAGAGUAUAAAGGCCGUCGUCGCUCGUUCACGCAGUUGUUUUUGUCGCGGGGCCAGACUGCCAGGAACACUGAGAAGAAUGAAUAUGUCCCUGGAACAGAGUGGCUGCUACAGUAAUAGAGAAACACUUUUGAGGUGCAGUGAUGCACGGCGGGAGCUGGAGCUUGCUAUUGGUGGAGUACUCCGGGCUGAACAGCAAAUUAAGGAUAACUUACGAGAGGUAAAAGCUCAAAUUCACAGUUGCAUAAGUCGCCACCUGGAAUGCCUUCGGAGCCGUGAGGUGUGGCUCAACGAACAGGUAGAUCUUAUCUAUCAGCUGAAAGAGGAGACGUUGCAGCAACAGGCUCAUCAGCUUUAUUGGUUAAUGGGCCAAUUCAAUUGUCUUAUUCAUCAACUGGAGUAUACGCAGAACAAAGAUCUUGCCAAUCAAGUCUCUCUGUGCUUGGAGAGACUGGGCAGUUUGGCUCUUAAGCCUGAAGAUUCAACUGUCCUACUCUUCGAAGCAGACACAUCUGCUUUGCGCCAGACCAUCACCACAUUUGGAUCCCUCAAGACCAUUCAAAUUCCGGAGCACCUGAUGGCCCAUGGUAGCUCUUCCAAUAUUGGGCCUUUCCUAGAAAAAAGAGGUUAUAAUCAGGUGCCAGAGCAGAAGCCAGCAUCGAGCGGCACAGCUGUUUCUCUAAGUGAAUGGCUUCUUGUAAGCAAACCUGCUAUUGGUCAUCAGGCUCCUUAUGUACCCAGUACCAACCCACAGGACUGGCUCACCCCAAAGCAGACCUUGGAGAACAGUCAGACUUCUACCAGAGCCUGCAGUUUCUUCAGCAAUGCCUGGGGCAAUCUAAAAGGCUUAGAAAACUGGCUCCUCAAUAGUCAUCAACAAGAAAUUCCUGAAAAACCAAGUUCCUCAAAGUGUAACAGCCACUGUAGCACCAGCUCUUUCUCUACUGAAGUUGAAAAGGUUGAAGAUGUAGAGCUCCUUGGUCAAGAUGAGCUGGAUCUGUCUGAUUGGCUGGUGACUCCCCAGGACCCCUGUGAUCUGGAGAAGCCUGAAAAUGGCAGCUGCGACACCAGUGAGAAGUUUAAACUCUUAUUCCAGGUGUUCAAAGAGCCCUACAAUGUGAAUGAUUGGCUUGUCAAGCCUGACUCCUGUACCAACUGUCAGGGCAACCAGCCCAGAGGUGUGGAGAUUGAGAACCUGGGCAAUCUGAAAUGCCUGAAUGACCACUUGGAAGCCAAAAAACCACCAGCAGUCCCCAGUGUAAGCACUGAAGCUUGGCUUGUCCAGAACCAUCAGGACUCAUGUAAAGUACAGGAAGUAUGCAAAGCCAACGAGCCCUGCACAAGCUUUGCAGAGUGUGUAUGUGAUGACAACUGUGAGAAGGAAGCUGUGUAUAAAUGGCUUCUGAAGAAAGAAGGAAAGGACAAGAAUGGAAUGCCUAUGGAACCCAAGGCUGAGCCUGAGAAACACAAAGAGUCCCUGAAUCAGUGGCUCUGCCCCUCCAGAAAUGAGCUAACAGAACCAGCUGAGGCACCUAAGGCAAUGGCUCCUGCUAGAAUUGCUGAUACUUUCCAAGUCAUAAAGAACACUUCCCUGUCAGAGUGGCUUAUUGGGCCCACAUGCAAAGGAGGUCCUAAGGUAGUGCCUAGCUCUGAGGAGAGAGCUGUCAAAGAACCGCCUAAAAGCUCUGUGGCCUCUUCCUGGUGUUCUUUUAACACUGCUGACUGGGUCUUACCAAGAAAGAAAGUUGGAAACCCCAGCCAUUUCUCCUCUGGAGAAGAUAAGUGGCUACUCCGAAAGAAGGCACAGGAAGUAUUUCUUAAUUCACCCCUACAAGAAGAACGGAACUUUCGCGCAGACUGCUAUGGCCUCCCGACAGUUUGUGAUCUCUUUGCCUGUAUGCAGCUGCAAGUUGAUAAAGAUAAAUGGCUGUAUAGAACUCCUCUACAGGUGAGUGCCUGCCCCAGCGGACAGACUCAGGCUGUACAAACUCCUCUACAGCAAAUGUGA